AUGGCAAUAGUGGUGGACUUGUGGGAAAAUCGCUGCUUGCCUCUCACCCAGGACACCAUCACAUCUUGCCGCUCUGACACAGUCAGCUCUGGUCGCCAUGUGGGCAGCUUCAGCUCUUGCUCAGCAAUGCCUCCCCAGAACCUGAACCACUUCCGGGCCAGCUCUGUCUCCUGCAGGAGUGGGCCCCGCUUCCAGGGUCUUAGCAGCUUUGGCAGUCGGAGUGUCAUCACGUUUGAAUCGUGCUCACCCCGGAUAGUAGCUGUGUGCCCUCGGCCCAUCCGCUACAGAAUUGGCCUUGGUUCUGGCAGUGGGAUGGCCUUUGGCUUUGGUGAUGGGAGCGGUGCUGGUCUGGGGUUUGGAGCUGGCAGUGGCCUCGGCUAUGGCUUUGGCGGCCCUGGCUUUGGCUACCAAGUUGGAGGAGCUGGAGUGCCAGCAGCCCCGUCCAUCACAGCAGUGACUGUUAACCAGAGCCUGCUGACCCACCUCAGCCUGGAGAUUGACCCUAAUGCCCAGAGGGUGAAGAAGGAUGAGAAGGAGCAAAUUGAGACCCUCAACAACAAAUUUGCCUCCUUCAUCGACAAGGUGCGGUUCCUGGAACAGCAGAAUAAGCUCCUAGAGACCAAGUGGAACUUCCUCCAAGAGCAGAAAUAUGCCAGGAGCAACCCGGAGCCCCUCUUCGAGAACUACAUCACCAGCCUGCAGAGACAGCUGGACGUAGUGAACAGCGAACGGGCCCGGCUGGAGGCUGAGAGGAACAACAUGCAGGAUGUCCCUGAGGGUUUCAAGAAGAAGUAUGAAGAGGAGGUGGGACUCGUGGCCAACGCUGAGAAUGGGUGUGUGGCUCUGAAGAAGGAUGUGGAUACAGCUUUCUCAAAUAAGUCUGAUCUAGAGGCCAACGUGGAUACCUUAACUCAGGAUAUCAACUUCCUGAAAACCCUAUACAUGGCGGAAAUCCAGUUGCUGCAGUCACACAUCUCUGAGACAUCAGUCAUCGUGAAGAUAGACAACAGCCGGGACCUGAACUUUGAUGGGGUCAUCACCGAUAUCGAGGCCCAGUAUGAGGAGAUGCGGGUGACAGCUGGCCAACACUGUGACAACCUGCGUAACACUCGGGAUGAGAUCAAUGAGCUGACCCGCCUGAUCCAGAGGCUGAAGGCAGAGAUCGAGCACGCCAAGGCUCAGCACUGCAAGCUGGAGGCCGCUGUGGCCGAGGCAGAGCAGUGGGGCGAGGCAGCCCUCAGCGACGCCAAGUGCAAGCUGGCGGAGCUGGAGGCUGCCCUGCAGCAGGCCAAGCAGGACAUGGCACGGCAGCUGAAGGAGUACCAGGAGGUGAUGAAUGUCAAGCUGGCCCUGGACAUCGAGGUCGCCACCUAUAAGCGCCUGCUGGAAGGCGAGGAGUCCAGGAUCUAUGAAGGUGUUGGACCAGUAGACAUAUCAGUGAGCAGUUCCCGGGGCGGCCUGGUGUGCGGGCCCGAGCCUCUGGUCACCACCUGCAGCCUCUCCCGCGGCGGGGUCACCAUCUCGGGCCGCAGCAGCAACCGGUCCAGCGGCUUCUGGAGCUCGAAUGUGGGCGGGGCCCAGGUCGUGGGCGGUGGGGACCCGCUGAGCGCGGGCUUCCGGGGAGGGAGCUCCGUGCUUGUGGGCGAGACCUGAGCCCCCAGCGUCCCCUGCCUGCUGCCCACUGAAGGCGGUUUCAGCAGCCACGGCUCCAGCGUCCACUUCGUGUCCACCACCACCUCGAACCGAGCGCCGGCCAGCCACCGACCAGGAAGAACCAUCUCCACGGCUUCUGCUUCUGUCCCCAAAGUGCCCGGACUCUGGGCCGAGGGCGCUCUAGGAGAAGGUCCUUUCCUUCUCUUCCUGACCCAGAAGGAUCCACCGUUUUUGGUGGGCCAAGGGAUCCCUGAGUCCCCAGAGAUGGUUCUUCUCCGAGUGGCAUAG